GUCGCGGUGAGAGAGCGUAACGCGGAUGAGCUUUCGCAGCAUCUCACGAUCACCUUUUUCUCAUUUCUCACUAUACAAGAACGCAGCUCAUCAGCGAAAGCGUUUUGCUAUUCUUAACUCCCAUCAAAGUAAUGAAUUUAGCAUGUCAUAUGAAUCAAUAUUAUGAAAUUUUUAAAAAGUGAUCUACAUUCGAUUAGAAAGCGCUAAUCGAAAAAAUAAACUUUCUAGACACCGCUUUUCGCAGGGUGAUCACCGGAACAACCAUUGUCGGUGUGAACACCGUGCGUAGAGCUUCGAGCAACGCUUUCUUAACGCAAAGAAAGAUUGCUCCCCGACUCUCUUUCGUUCUCUCUCUCUCUUGAUCGCUGGAGUGAGCUUUCGAGGCGUUACGUGAGCAUACGCGGUUGAUCGUGGCCCAACCGUGUGGUGCCAGUCUCUUAGUUGAUCGCGAUCUUCCAACCGAACCGGUUCGCGUCCUCGCGCGCAUAGUAGAGCCGUGCACGUCGCUGUCGACAACAACGGCAACGACUUGCGUUUGCCAUUUGUUUGUUAUCAUAUUUCGUUUCUUUUUUUUUUGUGAAAACUUGUGUCCGGUUUUGUCGCAUUUGAAGCGCUCAUUCGGCAUUCGGCGUUGCUAGAGGCGUUCUUUUAAACGUUGUGUCACAGAAGGUGGAAAAGUGAAGUGGAAUUCGUGGGGAGUUUGGCAAACCAAAACCUAGAAGCACGAGUGGCUCACGUUGUAUUGCGUUGGGUGCAUUUCAUAGAGAGUGAACGAGUGAUCGUGAUCGUGCUAGCCCCGGUACACUACCAGGCAUCUCAUCCUCAUCAAUAGCAUCGCGCGAAAAGAGUGCAUUAGAUUCUCGAUCCCUCUCGAUCUGUGAUGACGAAACGCAUUUUCUUUACAUCCAUUUCAGUGAAGAGUGCUUGUUGCAGAAUGUCCUCCCGUUCCGAUAUACUGAGCGAUCGGUUGCGGAGGUAGAUUGAGUGGAAUCGCAUUGCCAGGAAAGAAGAAACUUUGAACAUCGUACCCUACACCGGAGAUACAGGAGCAGACCAUCAUGAAGCCGAUUACGUUCGAGUCGAUCAGGAAUCUGUUGAAGACGAAAAAGAAACAAAAGGACAAAUCCAGCAUCGAUCAGAGCUUCAAGCGGAGUGACUCGUUUAAGCGAAUCAGCAUCCGGAAGAGCUACCUCGAGCGGGGUCGGAAGCGCAAUGCGGCGGCCGUACUUCGUGGGUCGACUAAAAAUUUGGUCAAUAUUAAUGAGUUUGAAGAUCAGGCGAAGGUGGUAAAAAAGGGUGGCUCGGAGAAGCUGCGGACGAAUGGUGAAGGUUGUCGCGAUGCCGAUGCGCAGCUAGCACCCGAAGAUGGUCCGUCAACAUCAUCGGUCGGUAGCAGUCGAACCGCGGAAUUGACGAUCGAGGAAAAGCUAGAAUCGAGUGACGCAACACUCGACGAGAAGAUUCGUGCACUGCAGGAGAUCAACGAUCGGUACAUCAAUGAAAAUCGCAACCUGAUCGAGCAGACGUAUGAGGCGACACGCAAGACGGAGAAGAUCAAGAUCAAGAAACCACCGAGACCAUCGAAACAAACGGUCCAUCGGCCGGGGGCUGAAGAUCAGUCUGCCGAGCCAGUUCAGCAGAAGUCGCCGGAACAACAAGAAGUACAAAGCAACAAAGAUCUCAGAAGCGCCCAUCCGACGGUCGCCGGCAGACAAUCUUUACUGGGAAGUGCUACGACCGUAGUCAAAAGCGGAAGUGGUUCUAAUGGCGGUGCUCGAGUGAAGAACAUUUCACACGUCAACAUCAACGUCAGCACGGAAGCGAUCCUCGAGGAGGAGGAUGAGAUCGCCUCGGAAGUGUGCAGUACGGUUGGGGCUGUGCGGCCCAAGCAUACCGAUGAUGCUGGACCAGGUGAUGACAAGUCGUUCUACAGUAUCAGCACCUUCACGAUAGACAACAACACGUUAACCAGCAACAACAACAAUAGCAUCACUAACAAUGGCGGUACCGGAGGAGCGGCUGGAUCAUCGCAACUCACCGCUCCCAGCAAUACCGCAACUGCUUCGUCGAAGAGAUCCUUCCGCAGCAACUUCAGCACGGGUACGAGCAAGACAAUCACAAGUUCCACCUCAACGGCUACGGCUACGAAUGAGCUACCGACGUUGGUUACCAUUCGGACGUAUUGUGAGCCUAGCGCGUCCAUGCAAUCGACCACCCAUGUCAACGAACGGUACCUGGAAACGAGUUUCGAUGCAGCUCCGCAACAGCAAGAAGUCACGGGGAGUCGGGAUCGUCGAGCUUCCCUGGAUAAGCCCAACGAUCGGUUGAAGAGUCCUUCGCGAAAUGCGCGCAUUAACACACAAACCUUCAAGAUGAUUCGCAGCAAGUCGAGGGAUGGUAUCGUGAUACGAAUACCGGCAAUGGACGAUGCCGGCAAGCAGGCAAACCCCGCAGAUCACGUCAGCGACCAGCAGAAGGGCUCGGACGAUAAUUUGAACCG